CUGUCUGGUCUACAUAUUGAGUGAAAGUUUUAUUUUAACUAUCAAUAUGCGCACAAGUCGCUUUAAAAUAGCCUGAUAUAAGGCUUUCAUAUCGGAACUUAGUCUUAUUUGUGGAACGUUGUCUAUUCUGCACAGUUAAGAAGAAAUGUUGAAGUUUUUAUGUUUCGCGGUGCUUGUUGCCGCGGCAAAUGCUAUAGCUUGUACGCCAGAAUUCUGUCAAAUGGUCCGAUGUGCUGCCGUUGACGCCACAAGCUGUAAAGGUGUGGUGAAGGCAAAUGGAGGAAUGUGUGGAUGUUGUGACGCAUGUAUAACUGAGCUAGCGGAAGGUGAUAAAUGUAUGAGCAUUCUGUUCCUGGGUGUUCCUCAAACUGUACAAUGCGCUGAUGGACUGUUCUGUGACCCCAAAACUAGCACAUGCAAGAGUUCAAUCUCGAAGAGAGAUCUGACCCCGUGUGCUACCAAACUAGCAGCGGUUAACGCCAGACUGGCCGCCCAGCCAAUGUUGCUCGGUCUAGAGAAGCCCCACUGUGAGGAUGACGGCACAUAUAAAGGCAUGCAGUUCGCUGGUUCCCAGGCAUAUUGUGUGACAUCAAAUGGAACGAUGAUUGAUGGGUAUAUGGUGAACAGAUGGGAGACCGGGGAUGACAUGAACUGUCAAUGCGCCAGAGAACAGUAUGCGUACAUGAAGACAGGUCUGAUAGGUAAAAUGUUCUACUGUGACAAGAACGGUAACUAUGCAUCAAUUGGAUGCUCGGGAUCUGUGUGUUACUGCCAGGACAAGAUGGGAAAGCAAGUGGGAACAUCCACUGUCGGCAUCUGGGAAAAAGACUCAAUGAAUUGCUAGAGAAGAAGAUUAUGCGAUGUCGACAUCUAAACCAGAUGGGUGUAAUAUGUCGCAGAUAUGAAAUAAAAAA